AUGACCGACCCUUUCAGCGUAUGUGUCGGAGUGAUUGGAGUCUUUGGUCCAGCGAAGAAGGUUUGUAAUGGUCUCAUUGUGCUAAAACAUGCGCCUCGCGAGAUCGAAGAGCUCCGAAAUGCGCUCCUCCAUUUAACUGCAGUGCUCGAUAGAGUGGCCGUGAUGAUCCAGACCGCAGGGAGACCGGACAAUUCUCACGAGCUACUUCAGCUUGCGCUGGACGAGGCCACCCGUGUUGCAGAACCACUGCACGCUUGUCUUGGAGAGUUCACUUCGAGUGACGAAAGCACAUCUCUCCGAAAGCGCUUUGAUCGAGUAAUUUGGUCUCGCAAACGCGGUUCAAUCAAAGACUACACCGUGCGCUUGGUCAGCGUCAAACUGAGCCUCAUUCUUGCUUUGGAGGCGGAGCAAAUGUAA